CAAGAUUAAAGAGCGAUCAACACAAUUCGCAAUGAUUUCUCAUGAUAUGCCAACAGUGCCCUUGCCAAAGCAAGCAGAUCAAGGAGAAGGACUUGACUUGGUACCGUUGGGUGGCGAGCUUUUUCUACCACCAAGGGCAGACGUGGCAAGCAAAGAAGGUGUCGAGGCGAUGCCAGCAGAUUUUGUGGAGCUUGCUGCUGCAGGGGAUUUCUCUGCAUGCGGGUCCGCCCUUUUGCAGGAGCUUAAGAGUACGCAUGAGAGUGAUUUGCUGCCGCUUCUUGUUGGAGUUCUAGGACACAUUGGGGCAAUAGAGUUUGCCGAUAGAGGGCGUCAACGGCAGAGGCGACGUGGUGCUUUUUCCAAGUCCGUUGACGACGGAGAAAAUGUGAAGGUUGUAGAUGAUCCGUUUGAAGCCUUCAGACAGUUGCGCCGUGCUGCCUUCUCUUCUGAUGCCAAAGUCUUGCUACGCCACGAGCUAGGAGACAGGCUUGAGGUGAACAGCACAGACCAGGUUGGAUCAGAGAUGCUUAGAUUCGGAUUUGCGGAGGGAAGGAUCUUUGACGACAUGAGGCUGCAACAGAUGCUUGAAGAAUCUUCAUCUACCAGUGCGCUGGCGCACGCACCUUCGCGGAAGUCUUGAAUUCGAGAAACACGACGAGAACGACGUGCGUGUGCGCGCAAAGGACAAAAGGAUGAAGGGAUGAGGAGAGGGAGACAGGACAGGACAGUGUAUGUGGUUGCGGUGAAAAGGAAACAACCACCUGGGCGACCUCAGACCUGGGUUCCGUGUACAAGUGCACGUGCUCCUGAGAAGCCUCAGGAUCUAUGGCCAGCUCGCGGCGCAGCAAGUCAUGAAAGUAAAUGUGAGGAGAGUUG